GCUCCGCGGAGUUCACGUGGCUCUAGCGAGCGCAGAACCCGAGGAGACGCAUCAGUCUGGCUGGUGCUGCAACAGGAGGAGAGACAACAUCCCCACCAUGGCUGUGCAAAUGGAGCCCACCGACGUGAUCCGGCUGAUAAUGCAGUACCUGAAGGAGAACAACCUGUACCGCACACUGAACACCUUACAGGAAGAAACCACCGUCUCGCUCAACACGGUGGAAAGCUUUGAAAGCUUUAUCGCAGAUAUAAAAAGAGGUCAAUGGGACUCUGUCCUGCUGGCCAUCGAGUCCCUCAAGUUGCCCGACAACACUCUUAUUGACCUUUAUGAGCAGACCCAGCCAGAGAGGUAUCUCCACUUGGAGAGCAUCCUAACGUGCUCUUACUUUGACCCGCGUCAGGCGUACCCAAACGGCAGCAGCAAGGAGAGGCGGCGGAGAGCGAUAGCCGAGGCUCUGAUGAAGGAGGUCAGCGUGGUGCCGCCCUCUCGCCUCAUCGGCCUUCUGGAACAAGUUGGCGACAUGAGACGGCAGCAUAACCUCUCCCCCGACGUGCCCAUGGACACCUUUGCCAAGAAGGGACGACAAGUGGAGAAAGAAAGCUGUCCGACACAGUUGUACCGCCACAUAAAGUUUGGGCGGCGCUCACACGUGGAAUGUGCCCGUUUCUCACCUGAUGGGAGGUAUUUAGUCACCGGUUCGGUGGACGGGUUCAUCGAGGUCUGGAACUUCAACACGGGAAAAAUCACCAAGGAUUUAAAGUAUCAGGCCCAAGACAGCUUCAUGAUGAUGGAUGACGCUGUGCUGUGCAUGAGCUUCAGUCCGGAUGCAGAUCUAAUAGCCACUGGAUCUCAGAGCGGGAAAAUAAAGGUCUGGAAGAUCCAAAGUGGUUUGUGCCUGCGCAGGUUUGAGCACGCUCACAACAAAGGUGUGACCUGUGUGAGCUUCUCCAGGGACAGCAGCCAGAUCCUCAGUGCCUCCUUCGACCAGACCAUCAGAAUCCACGAACUGAGGCUGGGAAAGACGCUAAAGGAGUUAAAUGGUCAUUCAUCAUUUAUAAAUGAUGCAUCUUUCACUUCAGAUGGAUGUCACAUCAUCAGUGCUUCAUCCGAUGGAACUGUUAAGAUUUGGAGCACAAAAACUUGUGACUGCAUUCACACUUUUAAAUCUCUGACAUCAAAUGUUCCCGUCAACAACGUGAUUCCUCUUCCCCAAAAUCCGGAGCACUUUGUGGUUUGUAACCACUCUGGCACGGUGGUUGUGAUGACCAUGCACGGCCAGACUGUGAAGACCUUCAGUCCAAACCAAACACAAAGAGCAAACUUUGUGUGUUGCACGCUAUCACCCCACGGGGAGUGGAUCUACUGUGUGGGAGAGGACUUAGUGCUAUACUGCUUCAACUAUACAACAGGAAGGCUGGAGAAAACGCUCACCGUGCAUGAGAAAGAAGUAAUUGGCAUCGCUCAUCACCCACACGAGAACCUUAUAGCCACAUACAGCGAGGACGGGCUGCUAAGACUAUGGAAACCUUAAGCUGUCACGUGCUUUGUCAUGUGGAGGAGCUAGACAGCCAUCGGCUUGGUUAUAAAGCAGUUGCAUAAACCUGACCUGUUGACAAGUUCCACCCCCAAUUUGUUGCUGUUGGUAACCCGGAGAAGCUGCUGGUGUUUAUAGUUUUACAAUAGCACAUGUUUGGGUGAAAACAUUGACCCAGGAUGGGUUUUUUAGACGAUUUUGGACACAAAAGGAACUUAAGUAUGCCCUGUACAAAGUUGAAAACUGUAAACGGUUGGUGAUGAAGCUAGAUUGAAGGCAACUAUUCACAGUGGAAGUGGAAGAGUGAGAAUCCUCGUAUCACAGUUGUCACAAUCGCAGGUUACAUCAUAGGAAUAGGUAUUUCAAAUACCCCAGGAACAUCAUUUUACCUUUUUGGGGGGGAGCAUUAACACCAAGAGAACAAAAAAAGACACAAUAACAACAAAGCAAUGAGAGUUUUUUAGUUUUAGUUUAGUUUAUUUGCACAUAAAAAGUAUACAACCUCCAAAAAUUCAGACAAACAGUAUGUCGAAAAAAAGGAAACAACAACAAAAAAAGAAAUAUGUAACAGAAAAAAAUGUGCAGGAGGAACCAAAAAAACCCAUAAGGGCUUGUCGAGUGGUUCCUCCUAUAAGGAAACAAACAAUAUCUACAGAGAUAUGUAAAACAUAGGACAACUAAGGAGAAUGAGCUAAAUUAAUAGAAAAACAGGAAUCUGAUGAGGAUGUGCAGAGAAGUUCUGGAAAUUAGCAAUUAGCAAAAAAGUUGUGAUUUGUUUUUUGAAAUUAUUUGUGCUCGAGCAUUCUCUAAUAUUGAGUGGUAAGGUGUUCCAAUAAAGAGGAACCUCUGAAUCUAACUGAAAAUUGGGAAAAAGUAGUCCUGAAAAAGGUGGGAUGGAGAUUGUUUGCAGACCUAGUAUUAAAGUGAUGAAUUUGGGAAUUGAAUUGAAAUAAGAAUGAAAACAGGUUGGAAGUAGCUUGUGGAUGGAUUGAUAGACAAAAAGACAAAUCUGAAAAACAUUUCCGUGACUCCCCUUCUCUGGACAGUUUCAAAACCCAACUCAAAACCCACCUUUUCACCCUGGCUUUUCCCCAUUAGUGCCCCCCCCCCCUGUCGUUUUGUCCCGAUGGUGUUUUGUUUUGUUUGUUCUUCCUUGGUUUUCCUUUUUCAAGGCAUGCCUUGAAAAGGCCUAUGAUUUGUA